AUGAAUCACCUCCGAGUGGCGCUCAUCAGACAGCAGCGGUUGUGUCGUCGUGCUGCGGUACAGUGUGUUUCCGGUUCGUGCUAUACUGUCGUUCUGCAGCAACCAUCCAUACCGCUUACUAGGCUGCUCUCACAAUCGGUACGCCACUGCCAGACGAUUCCAUCCGCUAAGCAGCAAGAACCGUCCUCAACGCAAGCUCGGGAAGCUUCAUCCGGGAAGAAGACAGUGCAACCGGACAGUGCUCGCCUGGUGGAAGUGCUGCGGUCCGAUGCGACCGUUUACCGGCGUGUACAGUUGGAGAAGCUGAAUCAACUGCUCGCGAAACCGUUUGAAAUUCCCGCGGAUGCGUAUGACUUUUUGCUGCAGUGCUGUGGAUCGCUACUGUGUGCCGAAACGCUUGAAACCCGUAUGAAGGUGUUCGAACAGUUUUGGUUCUAUUUGGGUGAACCGCAACAGAAACACUGGAAGGUGUUGCUACAGGUGUACCGGGAAAAUGAGCGUUCCAUCACGGAUGUACCGGCGUUUCUCGCAGGGAUAGGCGAAGGCAUUGAGAAGGAUGCCGAGCUGUACCGGGGACUGAUGGGUGUGCUGGCUGAGAAAGGAGAUAUCGCUGAAAUGAAACUCGUCGGUGAGAUGAUGAAGGAGCGUAAUAUUCCACUCACGGUCGAUGUGAUCAACCUAAUGAUCCGUGGCUAUGGACGUGCCGGAGAUCUGGACGGUGUCCAGAUGGUGCUGGAAACGAUGAGCGCUAGCAAUGUGUCCGCUAAUGGGCAAACUUACGGCGAGCUUAUGAUUGCCUUCCUGGAGGACGGUAUGACCGAGCGGGUGAAUAAAAUGGUACGUGAAAAAGGAUCCCAAUUGGAGGAAAAACACAUCCUUGAGCUGCUGUCGCUUGCAUUGGGUGGGAAAAUUCAACCAGAAUUGGUACGCGCCCUAUUUAAACUGCUUCCAGAGGAGAUAACUACGGACGGUCGAAUACAUCCGGUGCUCCGGAACGUGCUUAGCGGGUUGAUUCGAUCCGGCCAUUUCGAUGGAAUGAUGGCACUGCUCGAGGAACUCCCAGCGCCACAGUUUCGUGCCAACGAAAACGUCGACAGUUACGCAUCCUUCCUCAUGGUGGAGAUGCUCCGCAAUGAUGUUCCGCUCGAGAGGAUAAAAAAAUUCCUUGCCAUGCUUAUUAAAACCGAACGGAAUGCUCGUGCGUAUCACGUUGCUUGUGAGUGUGCUGCUAAAGCUGCUCAUCCUUACUUUUCCCGGCUGCUAGCGGCACUCGCACCAUUCGAAGAUCUUCGUCCACACUACUUUUGGCCACUGUUUCAACAGCGCUCGAAAGUGGACGGAGAGGUCGGUGUACUGUCGGUUCUGCAAACGAUGAAGAAGCUUAAGGUAGAGCCCGAUCAAGAAACUCUCACACAGUACGUUCUACCGAAGCUUACGCUUACCCUGAAGGAUUCCCGGACGGCAUUGAAAAUUCUAGAAGAUUGUGGUGUACGGAUGGGUGUUCUGAUGACGCCGUAUAUUUCCCACCUGCUCUAUCAGAACCGCUUCGAUGAUGUGCUCGCUAUCGCACGUCGUUAUCCGACCAAGCUCGACACGGAAACGUUACUGUGGCCAUUGCUACUCCAGGCGAACGUGAAUCGGUCCAGCGCCCAUCAGCGGAAACUGUGCGAAGUUAUCUGUGCCAUCAAGGACCGAUCGUCAGACGAACGACACGAUCUGGGUGGCCAGUUGCUGCUGGAGUUAAUCAGCAACAAGAAAAGCAAACACGAUGCAAACAGUUUGCGCGCGUUACUUAGCGAAUACGACCGGUUCGAGAUCAAGAUCUCACGAAUGGCCGCCGGUGUGCUGAAGAAUCAUUUCGGACGAGAACAGAAAGCUGCUACCGGUGCGGGGGAACCCAUCGAUACGUUGCUCAAAAAGGUUACCGACGAUCAGUUGACGAUCCUCUCGAAGGAACUGUUCGAUACGAUCGGUGUACAUCCGCGGGACAUGAACUACGACGAGCUGGAAUGCCAUUUGGUAGAACUGGAACAGAAAAAGUUAAACACUCGCGGCGUGCUAAGGAGACUGCUGCAGCUGAGCGUACGCGAAGGACGAUACAAGCGAGCGCUCGAGCUAAAGCAAAAGUGCGAUCAAGCCAAGGUGGACCAAAGCUCCGGCAUGCUGGCGUCGAUCAUCGAACUGUAUACGAAGGUAGGCAAUCCGGAACAGGCCGGCCGUACGCUGGAACACUUGAGAAAACAAUUUCCCGGCUUUAUCGUGGAUGAGCAUAAGAUCAUCGAUUACGCUGCGCUACUGGUAGAACGCGGACAGCUCGACGGUGCUCGAAAGAUUCUUCGCGAACGCGCCACAACUGGUGGCAAACUGCGUGGUGCGGACGAUGGAUCGACCAGUAAAAAUGUGUGGAAUUUGCUCACCAGCACUGCGCAAUGGGCUGCGACAUCCGGUCGGAAGGUGACUGCACCCAACAACACCACCCAACAGUUGCUUGAUUUUCUCGUCGAACUUGGGUACUGUAAUUACGAUAACACAUUGCUAGGCCCGGUGCUACGUGAAUAUCUGCUCGCCGGUGACAAACGUACCGCGAUAGGAGAGUUUCAACGCAUCGCGAAGGAGAAACGUCGCACACCUUUGCAGCUGGAAAUCAUUACGAUGCUUGUGGAGCUUACGAACGGUCAGGAUAAUGCGGACAUCGCACCAGCCGAGGCUAAAACGCUCCUGAGCGAAACGAUCGAAAUCGUGUCACAAAUUCACGGACCGGUUAACACGAACAACACACUGAUAGUAGCACUGGCGGUGGCCGGUACCGAGGCCCAGCUACGUCGCAUGCUUAUCAACCCGGAGGUACGCAUCAACCACGAGUACAUUCUGACGCAGUGUGAGUUCCUCGUUGGAAGUGGCAAGCUUGAACCCGUGCUACGGCUAGCCAAAUGCAGCAAAGGGCUGGCCAAUGUGCGUGAGUCCGACUUUCUGCUGCUUGCGUUAGGGCAUUACGUGCGGGAGAAUAACUGCGAGGCGGCAGUACAGCUGUUCCAGCGAUUGCUGGACGAAGGGGACGAGCUGAAGGUUACGACCGAAUUCGCCCGCAAGCUAUCCGAUCUGCUGGAGGCAAACAAUUUCGAAGUACCAGUUGGAUUACAGAUGUACCUAAAGUGA